AUGUACGACCACGUCUGCGUGGGUUCGCGCACGUCUUCAGCUUUCGCGAGUCUCUCUUUGCUUCCUCCUUCAUCGGCGUUUCUAGCCUCCUGCGCUGCUGCAACGGUGGCGUCACUCUUCCGGCGCGACGUUGACUGGGGCGGCGCAUCCCGCUGCCGGAGUCUCGCGAGGCGAGAACGUGGGCAGCGCCUUCCACCGUUCAUUCGGCACAGGGCCCAUCCGGGUCUGUUCGCCACAAAACUGGGAGACGGGGGAGUACCGUCUUUCGGGCUACGGUGUUACAGCAGGCGUGGGCGUGAAGAUGCGCGGCGCCGCGACCAGGAGGCCAGUCGUGGCGCAGCACUAGAGGCGCCUCUACAUCGGCGCCGAGCGAACUUGGGGGAUGCUACGCGAGGGCUACUCGCAUCGUGCCCUGCGCCACGCGUGUCGUCCUUUUCGGAUUCCUCGUCGCCACUGAGGCUUCGCUGGCCGUUUUCUCCCUCUGCGCAUGCGGCGACCUACGGGUCAACGCUGCCACUGGUUUCUUCGCACCGGGCUCUGCAUCUCGCUUUGGCGACAACUCGCGCAGCGUUUGGCGCCUGCCCCCCCCCGUCGCCCAACCGACCGCACUCGUGCGAUGCGGAUUCGUCUUCCUGCCUCUCUGAUCUUUCUGGGGCUGCCGGUGCUUUCGACCCCCUGCAGUCUGUUUGCGCGAAGGUGCCUGACAAGGAUCCACCUGACUGCAACGCGAAGAACGCUGCCGACUACAAGGCGAGCCUGGGCAAAGAGCUUCUCGAAAUCGAUAGCCGAAUGCUGCCGGACGCGCACCAGUUCGUUCAGAAGCAGCGCUUACUGGACACGCUCGGUCCUCUCCUCCGCCAGCAUAUUGGAGGCGAGCUCGUCCCGUUCGGAUCCUGUGCGAACGGCUUCUGGGUCCGAGGGAGCGACGUCGACUCCUGCCUCGUUCUGCAUGGAUGCGACGGCCGAACGGCGCAACGAGCAAAACUUCGCGUGGUAAAAGAACUUGUUGAGCGCCACGCCAUCGGUCACGCGACCGUCGUCCCAGCUCAAGUCCCCAUCGCGAAAGUCUGCAGCUCCAACGGGGAAGGGCUCAUUGACGUGAGUGUGAACAACUGCGCUGCGCUUGAGAAUUCGAUAUUCGUCGAGACAUUUGGAGCGAUAGAUGAACGGGUUCGUCCCCUAGGGCGGUUUAUCAAGUACUGGGCGAAACAGAGGAGCAUCAACAACAGAGCCGAGGGGACGCUGAGCACGUACACUCUCAUGCUGCAGCUGUUCUUCUUUCUCCAGUGCCGCAGUCCGCCAGUCCUACCCCCGUACACAGCAAUUCUUCUGGAUAGCAAGGUGUCGCGCCACUCAGGCGCCCACGGUGCUUCGCCUCUGCCUGCGCCGUCCUCCCUGUCGGCCUCCUUGGGUUGCGAGGGAAACACGCCGACCGCCCCGCAGAUGUCUGCAGAAAACGAGCUGCCCUGCGGGAGGGCGCCUGCGGAGGGGCUGAAACCUCUUUCAUUCUGCACCGAUAUCGAUUACAUCCGACAGCAGCUGUUUCCAGAGUAUGGGCAGAACAAAGAGACCCUCGGCGAGCUUAUUUAUGACUUCUUUUUGUUCUACGGCAACGGCGGUAGCGCAUUGUUUGCCCUUCGCGACGGAUCCAACGUGACCGCAGAGGUCCACGACGGUACCUUAACCGUGUCCGCCCCCGUAUCCGCGGUUGAGCUUCCUGCGCGCGUGUCUGUUUCCAACUGUCUGCUGCCGGCGGUCGGGGCGACAAGAGGCGGUGUGAACGGCGACAGCGGCUCUGCUGCUUGCACUGCGAAUUGCCACAACAGUACCACUAUGGCUGAAGACACACCACAUCCAAAAUCAGAAAUAUGCUCCCCGCUGAGCAUGCCUCGUCGCCUGCUAAUGAAAUGCCCCUUGACGCGCGCUGUGGUCAACCGGUUCUCGUCCGCCGCAUGGAAAAUUAUAUGUGAAGAAUUCCAACGCGCUGAGAGACUCGUCUCCAGCGGCGCGUCUCUCACGGAGCUGUGCGACCCUGCCCCUGUCACUCACAACCAGAGGAAGAAGCUGGAUCGCCUGCGGCGGCGACUCUCGUUGCGGGUCUUAGCGGCUUCACAAAAUUUGUGUCCGUCAUCUCUCGAUGCGGCAACUCUACGACCUGGUCCGGGGAGCGGACAAGAAGCAGAGCAGUUCCUGAUGGCCUCGCGAUUUGGUUGGUCCAGUCGUGGCGAGGGCGUCGGUCUUCCCGAGCGUAGUGAUGUCUCAUCUUUGGAAGUCUGUUUCACUCCGUCGCAUUCGCUGGCAUCCGCCCCCUUGUCGCGUUUGCUGCAUCCUCUUUCGAACGAGCCAGUGCAGGAGCAAUCUUGCUGCCAAUUGAAUUCCACAAGUACGGCCCAUCACCUGGACAGGCCUCUACACGGGACGCACCCUCGACGCCCUGUACCGGUCGCUGGAGUUGCUGCGCCCGCUAAAGUUGCUGCGCCCGCUGAACGCCUUCAUCCGUCUACAUUCAUGGUGUCGUCCUCGUCUUCCACGGCCUCUCACGGCCGACUACCUCCUCCGCUGUUUCAGGCUACGUUUCUUGCUGAGGGCUCGGCGAGCCAACAAACGCCUGACGACAGACUGCACAGCCCUCCUCUCCCUCAAGCGCCCCGAGUAUAUUCUUCUUCUGUUUCACUCACCAACCGUGUUCCGUCGGCAUCGGCGUUGCAUCCGUCAAUGGCGCCUGCUGCACACGCGCCGCCUACUGCACCUGCUGCUGCUGCUAAGAGAGCCAACGCUCCAGUCUGGCUCUCCGACCGCCGGCGAGUAGUAGCCACACGAAAGCGUCAUGUCGGACGCCCUGUGGGAGAAAGGGAAACUGCUCCGAGCGAUCCAUUUCCUCCGUCUGGUCACUUGCAAAUGUCAUCUCACAAACCGUUUCCCGCGGCUCAUCGGUCGUCGUAUCCGUUUUCCUCUUCCCCUGCUUCUCCCAUUGUAUCCUCCACCUCGUCUUCGGGCAGUGGGGAUGGGUCCCCUUUAUCAGAGUAG